ACGAUAUAUUUAAUAUGGCGGCCUCCAGCAGCAGGACACUUUCGCGCUGCCUUUUGAUGUAUAAUUACAUGUAAUAGAAAGAAUAAUUGCCAGUAAUAUCGGUGUAGUAUGUAGAGAGAAGUGAUUCUUCAGGACGUAUUGGAACAGAUAGGAAGAUCUGCUUCCUAGUAUUCUUCUAUAUUUAUAUGUUUGUGUCUUCGAUAUAUUUGUUUUUAAAAAUAUGUUUCAAAUGUGACUGUGUUUUCUUUAGUGAAUAAAAACGGUCAUUGUGUGAGUGUGAAGAACAUUUUUUUUAUUAUCCAGACAAACUUAUUUAGUUUUUAAUUUAGUGUUUGGCAAGUGUACAUGGAAUUUAUAGGUUAGAAAUGGCUACUGAUCAAUUUUGUCUUCGUUGGAAUAAUUUCCAAGUUAACAUUACUAGUGCUUUGGAAAGUUUAAAAAAUGAUGAAGAUUUGGUUGAUGUGACUUUGACAUGUGAAGGUCAAAAUGUUAAAGCUCAUAAAGUAAUUCUGGCAGCUUGUAGUCCAUACUUUCGCAAUGUGUUCAAAGAAAAUCCCUGUCAGCAUCCAGUUGUAAUAUUAAAAGAUGUGAAAUACGAAGAUGUUACAGCUUUACUAAGUUUCAUGUACCAUGGAGAAGUGUAUAUCACCCAAGAUAGAUUAGCAUCUUUUCUGCAUACUGCUGAGUUACUGCAAGUGAGGGGCUUGACUGGUGCUGGAAAUCCCUUAAAAGAUUUUCCGGUGCCGCCGCAGCCGCCAGCGCUGGCGAAGAAGAUCGGCGCUCCGCCCCCGAGUGCGGCCCUGCGCAGGGAGACGCCACCGCCCCCGCCCCCUCCCGCCGCGAGGGCCGCCAGGAGCCCCCUCGUGUCCCCCCCGCCCAAGGACUCGGCCAGCCACGACGCCGACGGAGAACUGCCGGCCAAGUCGGCCCAUCAAGUUCUGCCGGUGCCUGCUCUUUUCUUCACUUCAAACGGGCAGCCGGGCACGUUGUAUUCGGUGCUGAAUCCAGACCAGACGGCUACUUUAGCCGCUCCUCUUCCUGCCAAUGCAGCUACGUUUCAACUGCUUAGUAGUAAUUCUUGUGCACAAUUGUCACCCCGAUUUUCAAGUGUGAGUGGACAGAGCUUAACCCAGCCCUCCUCGCCGUCUGCUACGAAGAGACGGAAAACGUUGCCUCGACGUUUUAGCAGUUGCAUCGUCCCGUCAGCGCCAAGCGAGUCGUCGUUCAAUAAAAGCGAGCGCGAGAAGGACCCCUUGCGGGAUUCAGGCGAAUGUGUGGAGGCGGAGGGUGCGUUCAAGGAGGUGGAGGUGAAAGUGGAGGAGCCCAGUGGCGAUGAGAUGUUGAGCGAAGGAGACGAGGCCCGAGAGAGCGCUGGCGACGGCGACGGUGACGGGGACGGGUCGGAAGUGGCCGACCAGCAAGAGGAGCAAGACGAGUGCGCGGAGCGGUUGCUGGAGGGAGACGCGCCGCUCCUCAGCCCGCCCGCAGGGAAGCCGCCGCCGCCGCCUCAAAGGGACGGCAGCCCCUCGGGCCAAGCGACGUGUCUGCCGCACGUGCCUCAGAGCGGCACGUGCCCCCACUGCGGCCAGACGUAUUCCAACCAGUCGGCGCUCAAGUAUCACGUGCGCCUCGUGCACACGGACAUGACGAACAGACACUGCUGCCACCUGUGCCCGCGCUCCUUCGCGCUGCGCGACGUCUUCAAGGCGCACAUAUCGUGUCAUGAGCCUACUAUGUCCUUUCUGCUUCAAAACAAUAUCAAACAAAUCAAACCUCCUAAAACAUAUGAAGAUUCAAUAUUUGUAGUGCUGAAGGAAAGAAUUGAUAUGAGCCCAGAACGAGUGGAGCCAUCACCUGAAAUAGCCACGAGAAGCAAUGACAUUCAUUUUGUUAGGGAAAACUUCGAAGUUCAGCGAAGAAUUACUGAAAAUUCAAGGUAUUCAGAAAUCGAAAAUUUUAACGUAAGCCACGAAAGUAAUAUGAAUAUUUCACCAUCAUCAAUAGUUCUUCAACAGUCUGUCAUGUCUGCUAAUAAUAUUAAUUAUAAAAAUGAAUUAAACAGCAAUCAACCAUGGCUUUACACAAAUAGAAUGUUAUAUCACAAGAAGAAACGUUCUUGGCAUUCAAGACGUCCUGUUCCAUGUCCUAAUUGUAAUAAAACAAUCACAAUGGCUUACAACUUGAAGAGUCAUUUAAAUUCAUGCUUGAAACGCUUUGAUUUUGAUGAUGAGUUAUUCAAAUCUGGAAUUAGAAAUUUGCCAUCAGGCACAGUUUUUCCUUUAUAA